AUGACAAAUAUCCCAUGGGAACAAAAUCCUUUUUUUGCUACAGAAGUACCAGAAAAUGGAAAUGAGUUGUUUGAUGCAUUGGCAGCGUUAAAAUAUGAAGGAACACCAGAUGAACAAGCAACUAAUUUCAGAGAACAAGGAAAUGAAUGUUUUAAAGUUGGUAAAAUCAAAGAUGCUUUUGAAUAUUAUACUGAAGGUAUUCAAGCAAAGCCAACAGAUUUAAAUUUACUUGCAGCGUUAUACUCUAAUAGGGCUGCAUGUCAAAUUAAAAUGGAAAAUUUUGGAAGAGCAUAUGAAGAUUGUACUGAGUCGUUAAAAUGUGUUCCAAACAAUGUUAAGUGUUACUAUAGAAUGGCAACAGCUAAAUUAAGACUUCACAAGUACGAUGACGCUUUAGUUUGUAUUGACCUUGGACUUAACCUUAAGAAAAAUGAUCCAGAAUUUAUUAAAUUAAGAGACUUCUGUACUGAAAUGAAAAAAAGAAUGACUAUCACUGAAGAACCUAAAAAUUAUGAAAAGUUUUUACGUAAAAAGGGUAUUAUUCAACGUGACUUUGAUUUAAUGACUGACAUGGGUAUGUAUAUUCCAUUGAAUAUUAAUAUUGAUGAAGAUUCAGAUGUCUUAUUAUUCCCUGUGAUUGUGUUAUAUCCUGAAAGUAAUCAAAGUGAUUGUCUUCGUGAUUGUACUCCUGACACACAAUUAGAAGAUAUCUUAUUUACUCUAAUGGCUGACGGUUUACCUUGGGAUAAAGCUCAUAGAUACAAUAUUAAAAAUUGCAUAGUUAAAGUUCAUGAUAAACAAACUGAUGAACAAGUUGUUAUAUUAAAACAAAUGAAGUUAAUGAAUCUCCUUCGCAAUUAUUCUUUCCUAUACAAAUCUGCAGCCUUUUUAUAUGUGUAUCCCGCUAAAUGA